CAGAGCCUGCAGUGCCUGAUCGCGCUAACCAAGAGAUCUAUUUAGGAAAUAUCAAACUCUCAGCUCUUCAGAGAGGACAAGUACUGGAAAGCAGUGAAGGCAGCCUUAAAAACCUGCACUGGACAAGUGGGCAAGGGUCAAAUCCAUCAGGGGAAUUCAGACAAAAUCACCUUCAGCAGAGCAGCAUCUGGUCCCGAGCUUGAAAUCAGGAGAGGAGAGAGGCUACACGGCAAAAAGGAGCAGAGAAAAGUGACUGGAAUGAUAAGAUGAGAAGCAGGGAUGCGCUGCUGAAGCUCUCCCCUAAUGAGGCCCUUCUGGAGCUCCUGCUUGUGUUGUCGCUGGGGUUGCACGUCCUCGCUGUGUGCCCUUCCAUGUGCUCCUGCAGCCGCAGCCACCGGGAGGUAGACUGCUCAUGGAGGGGUCUGAGACAGCUGCCCGAUGGCCUGCAGCACAACAUGCGCUCCCUGAACUUGUCCAACAACCGAUUUCACGACCUCGAUGGCCAUCUCACUUCAUACACCCAUCUUCGAUUCCUCGAUUUGUCCAACAACCGGCUGAGCCACCUUCCCGCCGGCUUACCACGUUCCCUCUGGCAACUCCAUGCCGCCUCCAACCGCCUCCAGUUGCUGGAGAAGAACGACACAGUUCACCAGUGGAAUCUUCGACUGCUCGACCUCUCUGACAACAAGCUGGAACGGGCAAUCUUCAUCAACAAUACACUGAUCAACCUGGUCACGCUCAACCUUAGCAACAAUCACUUCAGGACCUUGCCCACCAACAUGCCUGCGCGCCUCGAGAAUAUCGACCUGUCCCACAAUUUGCUGAUGAAGGUGCUGCCUGGUUCUCUGGAUCGUCUCCUCAGACUAACUCACUUCUAUCUGCAUGCUAACCGCUUCUCCACGCUGCCGUUUGGAGUGUUGGACAAGGUGACAUCGCUUAGAGUCAUCACUCUGGGCGACAACCCUUGGGCGUGUCACCACUAUGACGACAUCACGUACCUACUCUCCUGGACUCAGCGUAUACCUGCCCGCGUCCUGGGCUGCCCCUGCCACAUCCGGCCUGUCUGCGGAGGGGUGCGCCCUGGCAGGACUGGAGGGUGGCAUUUUGCCUCCUAUAACCUCCCCCCACUGGCAGCGAGUGCCCAGGCCUUGAGCUCCAUGGCCCCUGAUGCCAGUGUAACAGGGUGGUGGUAUUCUUCUGGUUCUGCUCUGCAAAGCACCCCACAAACCUCAGAUGAGAUCACAUGGCACCACCCUUUCACAGCCAUUAGCACCUCCACCCUGCGACCUGGAAGCAGAGACACACACCUAACUAUUAAUCACAUCUCUGCAUCUGCUAGCCCAGCUGCCGCGGAGCACAUGCUCAACACUGAUUUCAAUCUCAUCUCCGGCAAAAAUAAAGACUCAUCCGCUGACUCACUCCACACCACCGACCAAUCCUUUUCUGACACAAGCUUCAUUGCUGAAACACCCAUCAUUGCUGACGUGACAUUGGCCACAGGCAGCUUCUUUACAACAGAGAGCUCCUCCAUCCAAACAAAAAAGACAACCACUCUGCGCACCAGGAGUGUGAGGAGGAAAAAUCAGUCCCUUUAUAACAGUGGCCCGACUCUUGCUACAGACUCCUGGCAGCCUUUCCUGUGCAACCUAGGCCUUUUGUCUGUCCUUCUGCCACAAGUCCUCUGAAAGACAAAAACACUGAGUACUGUACAUUUACAGCACAAACUAGUACAAGACACACAAGACUUUUGACUGUUGUAGUACUUUUACGUUUGUAUACAGCAUUCUCAAAAAAAGGCACACAAAUACAAAGGCUGUAUGAGGAGCUUAAUAAUUCCUGCUACUUUUAUAAUAAUUGCUCAUUGCAUUAUGUUUUCUAAAAAUACUUUUUACAAGCAUCCACUUGAAUAAAAAAAUAGCAUUGUAAUGUAUAUAUAUAAGCACAUGAUGGCACUAUACAUUCAGGUACACAUGUUUCCUGUCGCUGAAUGUAUUCUGGUGCUUAGCUGCAACCAUGGUCUACCCAGAUCAAUGCUGUCCUAAAAUGAUUGUGCAUCUUACAUUUUUCCCAUUUUCUCCAAAUAAUUAAUGUAUUUGGCUAGUGUUGCUUUGGUCAUAUUUGUUUUGUAUCUUAUUUAUUGCAUUGGCUUCCAAAAAGGUACAAAGCUCAAGGUUUUGAAUGAAUUAUUGUGCCUACAGUGUUGGGUAAGCUUCUUUAAAAGUAAAAAGCUUUGCAAUGCAACAAUUAUUUCACAUUUAACCACGGCUGAAAACAUUUAACCACGGCUGAGCUUCCAGAGAACUUAUUCUGGUAAAUAAAGCUACUUAUAAAAAAGUAGUUCAAACUACUGAAAAGAAGGAUCAUAUUUACAAUGUACAUUGGAUACAGAUUGUUAGAAAAACAUAAUGGAAAAAGGCACAUGCCAGCAAAUAAUGUCACUCAAUGAAGUGGUGCAGGAAUUACGUAUUUUUGUAAACCAACCUGGAAGUUAGCAUUGCACUGGUUCCUUUGACAAAAGGCAAUUACAUCCAUUCUAUUGGAUUUUGGAAUGAUGCAGACUCGUUUUCAGCAUGAUGAAGAGUAGUUUCAUUUAGUCACUCUUAGCAACCACAUAGAAUAUAUUGCUUAUGCAAUUAAAAAGCAGAAUCUUUAAGGGCAUGUUUUAUGUGCUAAUACAAAAAAAUACCCCACUCAAAUUUUUUGGAACUUUUAUGAAAAAAAAUGGGGCAGAACUGGUGAAAUGGGGCUCCUUUCAUUUUAUGGCCCAAAAUGCUUUGUAGUUUGAUUAGUUGAUGACAAAAGAAAUUGAAAAAAACUUGAAUGUACUGUAGUUAAACUACUACAGUACAGCUAGUUACUGUAAAGUAAACAACUGGGUUAAAUGCGAGUAGUUCACUACUCCCUAACACUGUUUGCCUAUUUGAAUAGAUGUCCUUGAUGCCUGCCUGCACAAACCGUAACCACAAAUCCCUCUGCCCCUUUUUGAGGUAAAGGAUAGAUGUAAGAAACUGGCCAUGCCAUGUGCAGGAAAAGGAAUACAAAAAGAGUGUGUGGAGCGGUGGGAAAACCAAAGGACAAUGUUGCAUCACUAUCUUUAAACAACUCUGUGCCAAGUACUGCUUCUGUAUUUUGAUCACAUCUUAAACUUAAGUGUCCUUCAUGAUUCACUGAUGCUUGUGAAAAUGAUCUGCAUGGUGAUUGAGCGCUUCAGGAAUACUAACCUAUAUUGCGGCAGAGCAAUAAAGCACAGACAUUCUCAGCUAGUUUUUAAGAUAUUCCAAUCUCUGUUGCAUUAAGCGUAGAAAACAGUUUACAUUUUAGAAAAACCUUGUUCCAAAAGGGGCCAACAUAGUAGAAAACGCAUCAUGGCAAGUUGCUUUUUAUACAUUUAAGAAGAAUUCAGUGCCAGGGAAUCACUUCUCCAGUUGAUUUGUGAAUAGUUAAAUAAAAUUGCUGAUAUUUACACCUCUU